AUGAUAUUGCAACUACUUUCCUACGCAGGAUUGGUUAUAGGUUUCCUAUUUCUAGUGCUAUCGAUUGCUUCAGGGUUGUAUUACAUAUCAGAGCUUGUUGAAGAACAUACGGAACCUACAAAACGAUUUUUAAAAAAGCUCAUAUAUUCUAUUAUAGUGAUAUUCAUAUUGCUCGUGCUUUUUGACUCGUUCCCAAUCAAGUUAUCUGCGUUUUCGGUAUUCACAUACUAUGUCUACUUGCAAAACUUGAAGAAAUUUCCCUAUGUUGAAUUGACGAGUCCAAUUUUCCUAUUGAGCAUUGUUUUAGUUAUAGCAAAUCACUUUCUUUGGUUUAACCACUUCCACAACCCAUACAUCCCUCCAUUGGAAGUGAGAUUGCAACCUGAUUAUAAAGCCCCAAGGAUACCAGAAUUUGCCGAGAUUUGUUCUUUUUUCGGAUUGUUAAUCUGGUUUGUCCCCUUUGCAUUGUUUGUGAGUUUGAGUGCUCAUGAUAACUUGUUACCCCAUCAUCAAGUGAAUGUGCAAGAUGAUGGAAAGAAGAAAAAGAAUGGAUUGGCCAAGGUUGUUGUGGCUAACCUUAGAGAAUACAUUUACGCCAUUAGUAGACGGUUUGGCUAUGAAUUGGAUCCCAAUCACCAAUCGAUAAUCUAUUGA